AUGGAAGACGUGGCGAAGGCACCCAAGAUUGAUGCGAAGCUGCUUGCUGAGGUGGUGGAGGAAAGUCACGCGUGGGCUGUAGCGCACGGCCUCGUCAUGGGCCUUCCUGGCGGAAAUGCUGGCGAGGUGGUAGUGGCGCUCGCCCGCGACUUCAACGUCCUCGUGCACAGGGCCAGCAACGACCACGCCUUCAUCUGCUCCUCCCUCGAGAGUGCUGCGCGUGCGGACAGCUUCACUGCGAGCCUGCUGGCCAUCUACAAGAAGGUCUAUGCCGACGGCAAGAGACAGGCGAUCGAGCUGGGGCUGCACAGGUCGGACUACAUGAUGCACCAACAGCCCGAGGGUCCGCCCAUCCCGCUUCAGGUGGAGCUCAACACCAUCUCCUCCGCCUUUGCCUGCCUCUCCAGCAACGUGGCCCAAAUGCACCGGCACGCCAGCCACUUCGAGGUGAGCGAUUCGACCCUGCCUCCCAACAAGUCGGGCUAUGCGCUUGCGGACGGAAUGGCCAAAGCCUGGGAGCUCUACGGAGACAAAAAUGCCGUCGUGGUCAUGAUGGUGCAGCCGGGAGAGAAGAACUCGACCGAUCAGCGAUGGCUCGAAUACACGCUGUGGGACAGGCACCAGAUCCGCAUGAUCCGGCGGUCCCUGAAGGACCUCCACAAUCGGGGCGAUGGCAUGACGGUGGCCGUCACGUACUUCAGGGCGGGCUACACGCCCAACGACUACCCGACCCAAGACGAGUGGCAAGCCCGCGAACUCAUCGAGCGGUCCAACACUGUUCAGUGUCCUUCGCUCGCCUACCACCUGGUGGGUGCCAAGAAGAUUCAGCAGGUGCUGAGCAAGGACGGCGUGGUCGAGCGAUUCUUUCCCGAUGACGCCGAGAGAGUGGCACGGUUGCGCAAGUGCUUUGCUGGACUAUACAGCCUCGAUGAGGGCGAGAGCGAGGAGGCGAUCAAGGACGCUCUGACUAACCCCGAUGACUACGUCAUGAAGCCGCAGCGCGAGGGCGGCGGCAACAACCUCUACGGCGAGAAACUGAAGCAUGCCCUGACCACCAUGAGCGCACAGGAACGGGCGGCCCAUAUUUUGAUGCAGCGCAUCAAGCCGCAGCCCUAUGAGGCCUACGUGUACCGCAGGGGGGAGUCUUCCCUGGUGCAGGCCAUCUGCGAGCUGGGCGUCUUUUCUGUUUAUGUCAGCAAGGGCGACGAGGAAUUCAUCAACGAGGAUGGCGGCCACCUCUUGCGAACCAAGACGGCCUCGUCCGACGAAGGCGGCGUGGCUGCCGGGUUUGCCGUACUCGACUCUCCGUACCUCUCGGCGUGGUGA